GUCAUUAAGUGUUCAAUUUUUCUACUUUGUAGACAUGAAUAAACCGAUAAUAAUUUUUUUGCUGCUUCUUGCAGCUCAGCAAAAUGAUGCCAUUUUGUUUCAAUUUAUUGGCUUUUCGAUAAAUCUUGUACAAGGUUUGUUUCAAAGUGUCUUUGGGGUGGUCAUCACUGUGACUUCAACUGUAGUGAAUGUCGUUAUACCGUCAGUAUUUGUUGCUCUUAGCCAAAAUGUGCUGACCGUCAUAUCCAGUUUAAGUACGACUUUAAGCGUGGUAGUUACAGAAUUCAUUCAAGCUACAGAGGGGUUCUCCAUUUCUAUUACUGACAUUUUUAAUGAAAUUAUUUCUGCUGCCUCUACCUCUGUUGCACGAGUUAUCGCGAAAACUGUUGCGUCUGAUUUCCAAGAAAGUGUGAAUAUUGUUUCUCAAGGCAUUUACGCUUUAACUACUAUCCUUGGUGGAUAUCAGUUUACUACUUCUGAGUAUCUCUCUUUUGUGGAUUUAUAUUUCCCUGAAACAAAUGUGAAUCUUGCCUCGCCAGGCAGUUCAACAAGUAGCGUUUCAGUAAGUAUUCAAGCUUCUGAGUUCGUUGAAUGGAUAUCCGUGUUGAGAAGAGAUAUUAGAUAUGCUGGAAAAAGUUGUGAAUUCUAUGCAGAAGCUUUGGACAUUGAAGCCAACUGUCCAUCCUCUGCUACUGUACUCGCAAUGUGGAGUCAAAUUAGUACAACAAUCUCAUCACUAAGUAGUUCUGGGAAUUCAGGUGCAUUGAUUUUGAAUUUGAAUGCACAAACUGUUGGGGAAAUAGUGGCAGCUAUUGCUGCAACGAGAGCCUACGUUGCACAAUUGGGAGUUUCUGCUGCAAUUCUUGUAGCAAGAGCGAACACUUAUAUUAUAAGUGAUGCAGAUUUGUGGAAAGAAUGUACAACUAGUAGUGAGCGAAGUAGCAGUGGAAGUGGUAGUGGAAGUAAUAGUAGCGAAGAUCGAUGGGUUCGAAGAUGGAUUAGCAGAAGUGAGAGUAAAAGUAGAAGCAAGAGCAGCAGCAGAAGUAUGAGUAACACGAAUACCCGAAGUAGUAAAACCAAUUCAGAAACUAAUAGCAGAACAAGUCAAUCGAGUGCUUCUGAAAAUACAGGCACAGCAACUACCACUACUCAAGAUCCCGCUACAAGAUGUCGCAAUUACAAGAGAUACAUUCGUGAUCGACAGAAUGAAGUUAUCCGAAGGUAUAUUCGACAUUCAUUGAAGAAAUUAGCUCGACGUUUAAGAAGAUAUCUUUCAAAUGUUUCCACAAGCAUUUCUCAGACAAAUUCAAUAUAUACUCAAAUUAUUCAAAAUUUACAAGCCACAUUAAGUAUGGUACAAGUGAAUUUCUUUACCUCGCAAACUCGCGCAAGUUUAAAUUCAUUAAUAAACGCAUUCACGUCUUAUCGAGAUGGUUUCAAUGCUGCUAUUAAUUCAGUACUGUCUGAUGUCGCCACAGCUGUUGCAGCAUCUCUGAGCGCCAUGCAACAAGUUUUGAGAACUGCAACAAAUGAUGUAGAAACUGCUUGUGAUGCUAUUACAGAUCAAAUCGCAUCUGACAUUGAACUUUAUCCAUGCUGUCAACAUUAUGCCAAUGAAGUUUUCAAGGUUCAAGCUGAAUUUGUUGAGAAAAUCGAAACAUGUUUUGAAAAUGCAAUGGAAACAAAUUUCAACAAUGUAGUUGAAAUUGACUUCAAAAUUUCAGCUCAACUUGCUAGAAUGUCACAGUUCAUGGCGCAGUUCGAUAAUUGUCAUUAUUGCGCGAGUGCUACACUCCCAAGCUUUGGGAUUUGUCUGAGUGGUUUUAUUGUUAAUUUCUUUUACACUGGUUGUAUGAACCAAGUACCUCCUCAAAUCAAUGCUUAUCUAUCACAAAUUCAGGGUGAAUUAUCUGUAUUUGUUACACAAUGUCAAUCUGAUGCAACUGCUGCUUCAACUCAAGCUGAACAAUGCAUCAACUCAGAAGCAAGUAGCGCUCAGAGUGCAUUAGCAACCAUCCAAACUGAUUACGACAAUUGUAAGCAGAACCAAGUGUGUCCUGGAGCACCUACUCAAGCACCCACUCAACCACCUACGAUGGCUCCUCCAUAAUAAAAUCGUUCCAUAAUCAAUAGUUUUGUUCCUUGGCAAACUUUUCAAAUGAAACGAAAAAAAAAUGUCAUGUCAUGUUUCUUAUCGAAUAAUUGAUAAUAAAUGAUGAAUUCAAA